AUGCCGAAGAAUGCUCUGGACUACAACGGCAAGGAGUGGCCCACGGCAUGCUUCAAUGGAACGGAGGAGCAGCGCUACUUCAUUAUUGGUGACUGGGGUGGCAUCGUUAGUGGCUCCGGACCACCGGUCACAUUUAAGAACCGGCCGACCGUCAUCGAUCCCAUUGACACUCAUGCUCAGACCUAUGUGGCAGACAAGAUGGCUGAAGUCGCUGCUGACUUGAAGCCGAAGUUUGUGCUCAACGUCGGUGACAACUUCUAUCCUGGUGGAAUCAGCAGCCCUGGCACCUGCAACGCCGAGACGGACAAAACAGAUCCGGCGGGGCAGAUCAUCUUCACGAAUGUUUUCGAGAACGUGUACAAGGGCCCUGGUUUGGACGGCGUUGAGUGGUGGGGCGUGCUGGGCAAUCACGACUAUGGAGGCUAUCACUACAAUGUCCAUUGGGAUCAGAACAUCUUCUACACCUGGAAUUCUCCCAAGAGUCGCUGGCUCACGCCCGCCUUGUACUGGAAGCGAACAGCGCAGUUUCGCAACUUCUCCGAAGCUUGCAUGCGUACUGCGAGUGAAGGGGUCGUCGGACAUUUGGGUUGUGACCUUGGGGACAUAGUAGUCUGUGUCUAA